AUGGAAGGAAAGAAUAAACCACCACCACAAAUCUUUUCACCGCCAUUUUCAUUGUCCAUAUCCACCACUACAAUCAAUGAUCUCAGCUUUCUCAACGAUGAUACGUUUUUUAAAAAGCUACUUACUGAUUUAGUAAAAGAGGGAGAUUUUGGUUCUCUUCCUUCUCUACCUCCAGACACAAUUGUUCUAGAAUCUUUUGAAACAGUUGCACAAUCACAAAGGUUGAAACUGAGACCAUCUACAAUGACAUCGAUUGCAGCAACCACGAGGAUAAAUAGAAGGAGCCAAAAUAAUCUUUCGAAAUUUGCUUGUUUGACAGAGAGUGAAUCAGACAACCUUAGAUAUGGCUAUAAAUGGCGCAAGUACGGUAAAAAAACCGUGAGAAACAGCCCUUACCCAAGGAACUAUUAUCAUUGCACAGCAAUUGGUUGCAAUGUGAAGAAGAGAGUGGAGCGGUGGUUAGAUGAUCCCACCCAUGUAUUAACCACCUAUGAGGGUCUACACCUUCAUGAUUUGCCACCGAUCUCCUCUACUCUUUUGAAGUCCUUCGGCUUCUACAACAACUGCACCACUGGCCCCAAACCUCACAGAGGCAACUGUAGCUGUCGAUGUAAAAUGGUAAAUCGAGGUGAUAAUCACCUUUGA